CACCAAUCAGAGCAGCAUACGUCGCUAAUGAAUUUGCUAUUUACAACAUGUGAUGUUUCUCUUGUGAGUUACGAAGAAUCCUUCUUAUCGACGCGUUCAUCACUAAACGUGCGUGUGAAGAUGUCCACUGAAAAUGCAGGAGCACAGGAAUGCGAAUUUGUCGAUUCGGCGUCCGUUACGAAAGUAGAGUUUACCGAGAACGUCAAACCUACCACGAGUGGAACGAUGGAAAUUAAUAAGGAAUAUUGUGCCCUUUUGAAACUUGUUUUCAACUUGGUUACAAAUAUCGCCAACGAAAAGGAAAAGGACAAACCUUACGCCGAACAUAUUGAAACGCUCAGAGAGAUAGAGAUGCGAUUGAACAAAUUUCAUCGUACGUUCAAUUCGCAAGAUGCACCUUUCCACGAUAGUAUAGCUCUAGCGCAAAUUUAUUUAAAAUUAUCUGAAAUAUAUUACAGUGAUGAUAGUAGAAAUGAUAAAUUGUAUAUCGCCAGAGAACACCUCAUGCAAUGUGUACAAUUGUUGAAGGGUAAAGAGCUAGAUCGUAAAGUUAUUUUCACAGUUAUAAAAGCAUUUUUCGAAUUGGGCUGUAUUUCGAUGAAGCUAAAGGAUCUAGAAGAAUCGGAACAAUUCACACGUAAAGCGUUAGAGUUAUAUCUGACGUAUACAGAGAAAAAGGAGGACUAUCCUGCUCCUACCCAUUUUCCAAUUGUUACUGGCAUUGAAAUCGAGUGUAAUUAUAUAUAUGAAAUGGACAUACUAUACACACGUAUUUUAAAAACAUUAUUAUCAUUUCAGCACUAUAAUGUUAAUAAAUAUUCGCCGAUAGAUAACUGUACAAUGAUAAUAUACGCGCACAAGAUAUUGGAAAAAAUGUUAAAAACGGCACCAUUAUCUGUAAGCUAUUCCGAAUUGGCCAUAUUUUCAUCUCAUUUGUCAUCAGAGUUUUUAAAGUACAAACGCUUUAACGAGGCCAGACAUCAUCUUGCUGUUGCAUCUUUUUCCGUGAAGAAAUAUUAUGAGGUGGAAUUGAUAAAAAUCGACGGAGAUAAAUCCCCGAGAGUUAAAGCUAGAGCACAUGACACACAUGCUCUAACUGCUGCAAAUGUCGCUAUAAAGUGGGCGCAAUACGGAAACACACUGCUGCGUUCAUCGAGCGAGCGAGUUCUGUAUAAUGAGGAGGAAGACGAAUCCGCAACAGAGUUUGCAAUGCUACCGAAAUUACUAUUUACCGGUUUACAGGAUGAGUUACAAAAUUUCACCGAUUUGAUCAGAGAUGCGUACAUUGCAGAUUACAAAGAUGCUAAGGUAGUUUUUCGGCGUGUUCUUAAGUGGCUUGAAGAGGCAAAAGGAUUCGCAAUUAAAGUGAGAACGAUGUCUACAAAUAUUAAUAUGAACAUUAGUCGAGGGAUUUUUCAUGCAUACAAAUAUUUAAUAUGCUAUGAAAGAGAGAAAAAUGAGCAGAUGAAACUUUACAAACAACUAAUGGAUACCUUGAAUGAUUUUUCCAAGUCAUUAAGUGCGGAUGCCGAUCCCACUGUUCGCAAGUAUACUUGUCUUCAAGUGGUGCUUGCUUCUUAUUCUCUAUUAGAAAUUAAGACUCAAGACUUAGAGUCGCAUGAUAAAAUGGAUUCAGAACUAUUAGGAGAAAUUGAUAAAUUAGUUAAGUAUAACGUACACAAUUCCGAGUUAUAUUUAUAUGGAAACAAAUGAACUAGCUGGUGGACGACAUAAAGUAUACACAAAUUAUUCCUUUAUAAGUAGAAAGCUCCUGAGAUCUUUAAUAUCUGUAAAAAAUUAUCUCUGAGAAAUCAUUAUAUACAUAUAUAUGCCAGCGGAUUAGUUUUUUUUCUGUUUAUUUCGUGCGUAUAUCGCGUAAAUUAAUAUUGUUUUGUAUUAAUUAAAAUCAUCUAUAAUGUUAUUUUAGCGAAAUAUAUAUGAUUUCGAGACUUUUGUAUUUUCAUAUGAAAUUUUACAGUGCAAAUAAAUAUUUUAUUAUUAUUACUGUGA